AAACCGUUGAGCUGCCAGAACUGAAAAGGACGUUUCUACUUCGUCGCUCUGACCUGCCAAGUUCUAAACAUCUUCUCCGCACUCGCCUACCCCAAAGAUGUCGGCAAGGAGCGCGCUCUCCUGCCUCGUGCUCGCCAGCAUCGGCGCGGCGCCCGCCGCCGCCCGCGGGAACGGGACCGACUUCGACGACGUGGAGCUCCAGCUCGUGUACGAAAAGUACGCGCUACCCUACGGCGUGCUAGGCGCCAUCUCGCACGUCGUGCUACUCUACAUCCUAGGCUGCCACAUGAACGGCGUCCGCCCCCUAAUGCCCUGGCGGCCACUCGAGUACCACCUCACCAACGUGGUCCUGACCUUUAUCACCUCCAUAAUCACCAUCGCCCUGGCGGCCAUCAGCAUUUCCAAGGUGCACGAGUCGCCCGCGCUCACCGCGCUCCUCGUCCUCCAGAUCAUUUUUGGCAUCGUGCUUGAUGCCGUCUCCGUGCAUCGGUACGCCGCCCACAAACAUGACCCGGGGCUGUUGCCGGGGACGGCCUUCUGGCUUGUCAUACUGUGCUGCGUUGCAUUCGCCGCCUCGCAGGUUGUUGGGCAGAUGGAGAGGACACGGCGGCUGUGGGGGCGAUGGACCGACCCAUUAAUGUACGUCCUCGGCUUCUUGGCCAUUGGCGGCGGCCUGCUCGCCGUCUUGUCCGUCUUUUGCCUGUGCCGUGGCAGGUCUGGCGAGGGCAAGCGCAGGGAAUCGCGCGGGAUGCACUUUUUUGUGAUCACGGCCUUGAUCUCCAGCCUCGGCUGGUUCGUCAUCGGGGACUACGGUGUUGCCCUCCUGACUGGGCAAACCCUGGGUCUCCCAGGCGACAAGACGCGAACAUUAUACUGGGUCUACUAUGUCUUCCAAUAUGUCCCCCUAGGGACAUUCUAAUUCUGUUUUUCUCGAGCAAUGAGGUGUUCCAAGGACGACUAGAGACUGUAUUGUGAGCUAGGGCCAUAAUGUACGACCUGCUUUUGCCGGCUAAUUCAUGCGUAAGAGAUGAACAAAUAAGAGAAUCGACAGCUACGCGCUUUUGGCCACCAGCACGUCACGGUAUCGC